AUGCUGUCGGAGGCCAUCCACUACAUAGCUACGCACAGCUAUGGUAUAUCAAAAAUGUUAUUUCUGUUGGAUGACUUCUUAACCAUCGACCCCGUGCAGAAUAAUGGCCAUAAGACCAUGGAAACCCUUCAGUUCGUCUUCAAUAGACUAAACAUACCAUUACACCCCGACAAAACCCUCGGACCUGACACCUUCAUGACUUUCCUAGGCAUAGACUUGGACACCAUCAAACUGCAGGCAUCGCUUCCCCCGGAAAAAAUCUCGCGUAUCAUCGAGGUGCUGACCGAAUUUGCGACACGAAAAACAGCAACAAAACGCGAACUAUUAAGUCUGCUAGGACACCUCAACUACGCAUUGCGCAUUAUCAUUCCAGGGAGAAGUUUUGUUUCCUAUCUCCUUACCCUCGCCCACUCCGUUAAAGAACUUCAUUUUCAUGUCUCCAUGAACCGUGACUGUGUUAGCGAAAUCUUCAUGUGGCGCUCAUUCUUGCAGACAUGGAACGGAAUUUCGUUCUUUCAUGACGACAACCUAACCGAUUCCGCCGAUUCCGAACUAUUUACUGAUGCAAGUGGAACUCAUGGAUACGGUGGUUACUUCCAGGGCAAAUGGUUUGCCGAGCCAUGGCCAAACACCAUGCCAAAACUCUGUGACAAAGACAUGUCUAUCGCUUACAUGGAACUCUUUCCAAUCGUAGUGAGUGCACUCCUGUGGUCCAAAAACUUGCCCCGCAAGCGCAUCCUCUUCCAUUGUGACAACAUCACCACCGUGGCCAUAAUCACAAAAGGUCGCAGUAAAUCUCCAAUGAUUAUGAAACUCAUGCGUACCCUUACCCUUUGCGCAGCUAAUGAAAACUUUGUCGUGCAUGCAAAACAUAUCCCAGGAAAAUACAAUGUAUUAAGCGACUGUCUUUCUCGUAAACAGAUCAAGAAGUUCAGGGCACUGGCGCCACAUGCGGACCACUACCCUCACAAGAUCCCCUCACUGGACAAACUCUUGCUUACCUAA